AACGCACCGGAGUGUUCUGGGACUAGACGAUUAUUGUCACGUUGUUUACAUGUUUGUUUCCGUUUGUUUAUGAUGUCUUCGACACUUGACCAAGUUCAAAAUGUUGAUAUAGACAGCAAAGGUCGAUUUAAAUAUAUUUUAGUGAAGAUAAAAGAUGGCAGUCAUCAUAAAUACAUUGUACGAGGAUAUGGCAGAGCAGGAUUUCAUGGUAUGUGCUAGUUGCCAGAGUCUGGUCAGCCAGACUGCUAUUAAAAUGUCACCUGUUGCAAUUUGCCCCAUUAAUUAAACAGGGCCUCAAUAUAUUAAAUAUUCGAAAUAUCAGAAUUAUACGUAUAAUAAGCCUUCACUCCAAACAUCGUUUUCAACCCAUUGAAUGUCAGCGCUCUCCAAUUGAUGAGUAAAAUCAUCUGCCAUUAAUGGACUGAGUAGAAUAAUAAGUAGGGCACAAUGUAACUUAAUGGGUUAACUAGACACAGGCAGAUAGUUUGAUUAUAUAACCCAUUGAGCACUGGUUAAUUGAGCACCGGCGCUCUCCCCUUGACGAUUAAAAUUGUCUGGCAUAACAUUAGACCAUAGCCUAUCGAAGGGAAGAUGGCUGUGAAACUCAUUAGAAUAACAAUAUAACUCAUUAUGUUAGUCAACGUUUAUUCAUAAAUCUGGUCGUUUCACUGUCAUGUGUGUAUUGUAUUUUUACCAAAUCUACCAAUAGCAAUUUCCAGUUUCCCUAUUGUUUGAGUGACAGAUAGGUGACUUUCUUAAAACAUUGCUAUUGGUUAGUUGGGCAAGAAUACAAUACACAUGUGACGGUGAAGGACCAGAUUUAGGCCACUAUUUGUUGCAUAUUAGUUUCUCAUCCGGGGCUUCACCUAAAGUUGAUGCGGGCGGGCGGGCCAUUACCAUUAUGCCAUUAUUUAUAGCAUUGCAAAACAGCACAAAAUUAGUGAAUGCAACUGAAACCAUGUUUUCAUAUUAAAAACAUGACCGCUCCACAGCCCGAGCGCGGGUAAAAGACCCUGGCUUGCGAGGUUGCAUGACCACAUGUGAAAUAAUCGCAGAAUAGAGAAAUAAUUUUGUAGCCAAGUCGUCUCGCGUUUUUUCCCUGCUCCUGGCUUCCGGUAGAACUUUUACGUAAAUGCGAGAGAAACUGGCAGUUUUGGUAUGAAAUUUCGUAUCUUAACUGAAACUUUUGGUUUGGGAACGUUUCUAAUUGUCUUUCUUUCAAAUAUCAUUUUGAAGACAUCACAAAAUUUAUAAUAAUGGUCAAAAAUGGCAAUCAUGGUAAUAAUGGCGAACAUUAGACCAUUUUCUUAAAAAGCAUGCGGGCGGGAUGAGAAACUAAUAUACAACAAAUAGUGGCCUUAUGAAUAAACGUUGACCAACAUAGAUAACGAGUUAUAUUGUUAUUCUAAUGAGUUUCAAAGCCAUCUUCCCUUCGAUAGGCUAUGAUUAUACAGAGCGAAAUAAUAAAUAGGGGUGGCUUUUCACUGCUAGUUCCAACAUAGAACCUUACUGAUACUACCUACACUGGACCCCAUGUUUGAGAUAUCUUUUUCAGGUUGUUCUGAUACAAACCUCUGCAGUAGAUUAUUGUACUGCAGAAUACUGCCUACGGACGUCGAUUUUUAAGACAACUCUGUUAGGACAGGUUUAACCCAUUCCUGCAUUGCACCAUAAUGCACCCUACUUUAUUCUUUCUAAUGCCAGACAAUUUCACUUGUCAAGGGGACAGCUUCGGCAUUCUAUGGGUUAAUCAGACUAUUAAGCUGCAUUGCACCCUACACUCUACUGUUUUAUCCUGUCUAAUGCCAUGCAGUUUUACCUGUCAAGGUGGUAGCAGCACUGGCAUUCAAUAGGUUUCAUGAUAAUAAUGCCUAACAGGUUAUACCUAGCAGAGUAACAAUGUGAGAACCACAUUAAAUACUAACUUGCAAUUAUUCCAUUUUUUAAAUUAACAACAGCUGAUAUUUAUGAUGAAAUAUUACCAGAGCUACAACGUCUUGGCUUACAUUCAGACUGUGUUGGAGGCGGCCGCAUAGAACACAAUAGUGACAUCGGAACGAUUCUUGUAUAUGGAUAUUCUAUUGUGAGUACUUUUACAUCAUUCCACUUUUUAAGUUCUAGUAUUACUCCACUAGGCUUCUUCAUGACGAGUAAAAUCAUCUGGUGUUAGAGAGUUUAAAUAAUAAUGACAAAGUAGAGUCCAUUGGGGUGCAAUGCAAUCUAAUGGGUUUACUAUGGGCAGUACUAUGGUCAACGUGGUUGUUUGCAAUUCAUGAUCCCUUUCAGAGAGGUUGUAAAUGCAGUGAUAUACAAUUGACAUUUGGUUGAGAUGCAACAUUGGUGUCUGCUUACAAGAGGUGUCCGUUUAUGAGAGGUGUCCCGUGUCCGCUUAUGAGAGGUGUCCGCUUACAAGAGGUGUCCACUUACAGGGGGUGUUGUGAAUUGAGUUUUGACUGCAUUUCUUUCUUUAACAACUACUGCAACAACUUAACCCACUGAAAUGCAAGACUCUUCUUCCUUGACAAGUAAAAUCACCUGGUGUUAGACAGAGUAAAAUGAUCAAGUAGGCUGCAUUUGGUCACAUUGCAACUUAGUGAGUUAAUUUAAUCAAAGUUACUUUCACUGCGUAAUUUUCUGUGUUUCUUAAAUUUCAGGGUUUUGGCCGAGCUGAUCAUUCAAUCUCAACAGAAAUUCUUAAGAACUAUUUUCCAGCAUAUAAAUCUAUAACAUUUUCUAAUGAGGGCUAUUAGACUGUGGAAUAACUACAAAAUGUAAUAUUAAUUUGUUAAAAUUAGUGUAAAAUACUAAAAUACAUGGAAUAAAUGUAAGUUUAUAUUCAUUUGUGACAACAAAAUUGCAUUGCUGUACAAAACCUCACACAACAUCAGCAGGGUUCGAAUUAGUUGAGGAAAAAUGAUGUGCAACUUUUUUUUUAAAAAUGUGGCUCUAAAUUUUUAUAAAAUAGGUUCAUGAUCAUUGUCUUACAGCUAGCUACUCAGUCAAACAUCUACUCAAUCAAACUGCGAUAAUUCAAUGAUUUGAAUACUUUUUAAACAUUGUUUGCCAUCUCUGAUAUACAAACCUAACACAUAACAUUAAUCAGUCUUGUGACUGUCAUGGUGGCUAAAAUUUGACACCUUCUAGACACCUUCCAGUCUGCAAACGGACAUGCAAGUGUGCAUGCAAAAGCACUAGUCUUGUUAACUUGUUUAUAAAUUAUAAGACAACAGCUAGAUUGACUUUGAGUCUAUAAAUGUGGAUGGAUGAUCGUUUAGAAAAGUGAUAUGCAAUUUUCACCAUUUGGUCCAAAACGAUGUGCAAAUUGCACAUUGCACACUUAUCUGUUAAUUCGAACCCUCACAUGUACUGUAUAUAUCGCUACUCUACAUACAUCACUGUAGUAUGUUGUAAUAUUUCCUAAGCUGCAUUAAUUAUUUCACAUUACUUAAAACUUCACACAACACAUAUACUGUACAACAUACAUUGACUGUGAGUCAUAAAACGCUGCCAUUUUAUUGCUGAGUAUCUGAUUUAGCUUGUUUAACAGGUGGUUCUUCUUUUGUCUUGUUGUCUUGUCUUCCUCUUUUCAUAUUGCCACGAUAUGGCUUCUUUCCUCCUGUAAUAUACAG